GUGUGGGGUGUAUAGCACGGCUAUCGAGGAGGAAGCCCAACGCGGAAAAUGAACGGUUCACUCGCAGGUUGCUGCUGAAAGGUUGAAGCUACAGUUUUUAAGCCUGCAAUAAUGGGUAGAACUUACUUUGUGGAGGAGGCUGUUGGGAAAUAUCUCUCAGACCUCAGUGCAAAACAAAAGCCUUAUGUCACAGGCCUGCUAAUAGGACAGUGUUCCUCUCAAAGAGACUAUGUGAUUCGGGCGGUUCGAACCCCUCCAAAGGAAGAGCAAAACGAAAGCACCAUAAUUCCUUCCAAGCUGACGUCCAUUGAUGAAGAGUGGGUAACUGCCCAUGCCAGCCAGGUUUCCAGAAUGCUUCCUGGGGGCUUGUUAGUUCUUGGUGUCUUUAUUAUUGCAGCUCCAGAACUGGCAAAAGACAGUCAAAACGUUUUGCGCAAGCUCAUCUUUUCAGUGGAAAAGUCUGUAAUGAGAAGGCGCCUUUGGAAAGCUGGUGAGGAUGAUAUCUCAGACAGAGCAGCUCUUCAAGUUUGUUCUACUACAAAGAAAAUAGUUUGUCGGACUUAUGAUGUACAAGAUCCAAAGAGUUCAGCUAAACCAGCAGAUUGGAAAUACCAGAGUGCUCUGUCUGCUUGCUGGCUAGCUUUGGAUUGCACAGUGAACGUUAAUAUUCACAUUCCACUUCUUGCUACUUCACCUAACCAUGACUUGGAGAAGAAUACUAAGAAUGGAUUAAAUCGGUGGUCAAAACAGAUAGAGGACAGUGUGUUUCUGAUCAAUGGACAAGUCAAAGAUAAUGAUACAGAACUACUAGAAGGUCUGAAAAAGUUAAGAGGAAGUACUCAGUCCAGCACUCAGUUUUCUGAUGUCAAAGUUCUUACACAAUUGUCCCAGGGUUCAAGCCGUAGGUCAACAGCUACGGUCCAGGUCUGCAGUGGUUCCAUAAAUCUCAAAGGUGCUGUGAAAUGCAGAGCCUACAUCCAUAACAACAAGCCAAAAGUUAAAGAGGCUAUUCAGGCUUUGAAAAGAGACAUAAUAAAUACCCUGAGUGAUCGUUGUGAGAUAUUGUUUGAAGAUCUCAUUAUAAAUGAAGGACUUGACAAAAAAAAUUUUCAGAGGGAAUAUCGUGUUUUACCUCAGAGACUAUUUGUCCCUGUUGCUGGAUCCAGUGUGAUGCUCAGCGAUUAUAAGUUUCGUGAUGAGGCCACUGGAGAAAUUCAAGAACAUUUUGUUGAGAUGUUGGACCAAGCUGUACAAGCUGAAGAUAUCCAUAUAGCAGAGGAAGCUAGCACAGUUGAUAUUUGUCCAGCUACUGACAACACAGAUGACACACAACAAAAACAAUUGACAAAAACAACACUGCUGUUGAAACUUCAACAAAAUAUGGGUGUGGUAAUAGCAGCUGCAGUUGCAGUCUUUGCAUCAAUCUUCUCUUUUAACUACUUCAGUGACUAAACUCAAGCAAAAGGAGCCUCAUGGAAACAUUGACCGGUAAUCACGCUUAUACAAGGUGGACGCAUCUGGGUUUGAUGUCCUAGUAAUUAAGAAUUGAUGCCUAAAUAUCACCAGUUAGGUGUGCAAUAUAAAUUAUAAUGAUACAUCCAGUUAUCUUGUUCCAGCAUGCAGUUAUGAUAGGUGAAUCAAGUUUACAAGAAGUUAACUCUCCUUAUUUGUGCAAAUGAUGGUAAAAUAGUAUCAUAUUCCAAUAAAGUCCCUUAUAUCAAGAUAGAACUUACACUUUCUUCCUCACACAGUAAAAUAAUGUAAUACUCCUGUUUUUCACAGUACAGUGUGAAAGAUAGUAGUAGUGGAGUUACUUAGUGUGGCAGUUCUUGCUUCAGGGAUUUAUUUGCUGGAUUGUUAAUUUAGCUAGCAGGAAUCUCUUCUCAUUGAAGUUCAUUGGGAGAAAAUGGACCUCAAAUUGCUUAAGCAAAUAUUGGUUAACUGGCAUAAUAAGUACACAGAUUUCUAGCAGUUUUAGUUUUCUCUUAAACUAGUUCAAACUGUAAAAACUUUUGUUUAAGACCUGCAGAACCCGGAAGUUGGUGAUAUGUUAACUUUACUCAGAUGAACUUCUGAUAAGAAUUUCUCUGUUCACCUCCUGGUUCAAUCAUCAUCUUUCUCUUAAGAUAUCCAGUAUUUGAGCAACAGCUAUACAAAGGCAGUUCCAAUAGAUUAUUUAGCAUUAUUGCAAGUCUUCGAAACUGUUAAGCAGAAUAUUUAGAAUAUAAACAACAUAUCCAGGAGAAUAUCUCAUAAUGGAAACAGAUGUUAAGAGGUAACAUUGUUGUCCCCUUGCAAGGAAGAGUGAGGAAGGUGAGAAGUGUUCUGCUAAGUUAACAAAGAUUUUCAUGUAUGAAAUGAGCUGUUUGGAUCUGAAUUAUAGUAGAAUAUAAUUCUAAAUUCUAGGAUUCAUAUUUUUGGUGUAAGUGCACUGGAACACUCAAAUACAAACCCUUAAAUUCUACAGCAUAAUCACUUAUGUAUUGGAAUGCUUCUAAUAAAAGA